AGCACUACUUGUGAGUUGACUUUAAUUUAUUUAAAAAAGUUUCAAUUCAUAAGAAUUUGGAUUAAUUAGACGAGAAAUGCCUCUGAAAGGUGUCAAAGUGAUAGAGAUGGUUGGCUUAGCUCCGGGACCUUUCUGUGGACAAGUAUUGUGCGAUUUCGGGGCUGAAGUGAUUCGCGUGGAUCGGGCUUUCGCCAAAGAGAUUGAAAACCUAAAGAGAGGCAAAAAACUAAUUCUUUUAGAUUUGAAGAAAAGUGAGGGGAAAGACGUGUUAAAGAGGUUAUGCAAGACAGCGGACGUACUCAUCGAGACGUUCAGACCGGGAGUGAUGGAGAGACUGGGUUUGGGUCCCGAAGUCUUAACGGCUGCCAACGAACGGCUCGUUUAUAUGCGGAUAUCAGGCUUCGGACAAACCGGGUAUUUGUCACAAAAAGCUGGACAUGACAUCAACUACUUGGCCAUCACUGGUAUUCUGUCAAAGUUAGGCAAACGCGACCUACCGGUGCCGCCCAUUAACGUAUUGGGUGACUAUGGGGGCGGAGGUUUGAUGGCAGCGCUCGGCGUAAUACUGGCGCUGUUUGAGAGGACUAAGUCAGGAAAAGGUCAAGUGAUUGACUGCAACCUGACUGAAGGCACGUCAUACCUGUGCUCCUGGCUCUGGGAGUCCACUGAAGACAAUUGGUUUAUGCGGGGCAUAGUGUGGCCCAGACGUGACCAACGCAUGAGUAAUAUGUUGGACGGCGGCGCCCCCUUCUACCGGUGCUAUAGGACUCAAGACAACAAGUUCAUGGCAGUGGCCGCUCAGGAGUGGAAGUUCUACCAGUUAUUGGUCGAGAUGUUAGGCCUUCCCAUUGAGGAGUGCGAUAGAAAUGAGACCGAAAAUUGGGACCAAUUGUCUGAAAAGUUUGCCAAAGUUUUCGCCACAAAAACACAGAAAGAGUGGACAGAAAUGUUUGAUAAAGUGGACGCCUGUGUGACCCCAGUGUUGGACUUCCAAGACGCCCACCACUACAGACAUAAUAUCGACCGAAACUCGUAUUUCCCGAACGGAAGGCCCAAACCGGCGCCCAUUCUGUCCCGAACUCCGGCCAAAGCCGUGGCCUAUGAUAACGAAGAGACCGAUUGUUUGCAUACAAAACAAAUACUUUUGAAAUACGGAUAUUCUGAAGGAGUUAUCAGACAAUUGAUUGCAGACAAAGUGAUUGAAGCCGAGACUCAUGUCUCAAAACUU